AUGGCUGCCCCCACUAAAAUCCAACAGCCCGAGCUUCCUGUGGCCGAAAAACAGCCCGAGCUUCCUUCUCUGGCACCAGAAGACGAUUCCAUGCUUAUAGACACAAAUGGUGUACCAGAACAAGAAGAACACAAUGCCACUGAAGUUGCCGGUGUUGUUCUCGAUGAGUCUGGAAAGCCCAAAUUUGCCGCUGCCACCAAGGUGGGUAUGAAGGUCAAGUUGGAGUCGAGAAAAGUGCAGGUUCCACCCCAUAGAAUGAGCCCAUUGAAAAAUACAUGGCCUAAAAUAUAUCCACCUUUGGUGGAGCAUCUCAAGCUUCAAGUGCGGAUGAACUUGAAAACCAAGACAGUCGAACUCAAAACCAACAAAACAACCACCGACCCAGGUGCCCUUCAGAAAGGAGCCGAUUUCGUCAAGGCGUUCACGCUUGGUUUCGAUGUGGACGACGCCAUUGCAUUAUUGAGGUUGGACGAUUUAUACAUCGAGACUUUCGAGGUUAAAGAUGUCAAAACAUUGACAGGAGACCACUUGUCGCGUGCCAUUGGCCGUAUAGCCGGUAAAGAUGGACGGACCAAGUUUGCCAUUGAGAAUGCCACCAGAACCAGAAUCGUGCUUGCAGACUCAAAAAUACAUAUAUUGGGUGGAUUCACUCACAUACGAAUGGCUCGAGAAGCAGUGGUUUCAUUAAUCUUGGGUUCUCCACCAGGAAAAGUGUACGGAAACUUGCGUACAGUUGCAUCGAGAAUGAAGGAAAGAUAUUAG